CAGCCCGCGCCUCCUCAGUAUUUCAUAACCUACAACCGGCGGAAGAUCACGUUUUGCGAUCCCGGUGAGAAUCUUCGAGAAUAAGUUUUGGAUCCACAUUGAAAUACUGUAUUAAUCCAUCCGCACAAAAAUGUUGCGCUUACCUCGCGUUGUUCGUCAGAGCAUCUCAUUACACAAAUCGCAACAACUAACACGAUCUUACGCAAAAGAUGUGAGGUUCGGCGCUGAUGUAAGAGCCCUCAUGCUGCAGGGCGUAGACAUUCUGGCCGACGCCGUCGCCGUCACAAUGGGUCCAAAAGGCAGAAACGUUAUUCUAGAACAAUCAUGGGGCUCACCGAAAAUCACAAAGGACGGUGUCACAGUCGCCAAGGGUGUCGAACUCAAGGACAAAUUCCAGAACAUUGGCGCUAAACUAGUGCAAAAUGUUGCGAACAACACAAACGAGGAAGCCGGCGACGGCACGACCACAGCCACCGUGCUUGCCAGGGCCAUCGCUAAGGAAGGUUUCGAAAAGAUCUCGAAGGGCGCUAAUCCGAUCGAGAUCCGUCGCGGCGUGAUGCUCGCUGUCGACGCGGUCAAGGACAAGCUGAAAGGUAUGUCGAAACCGGUCACCACCCCCGAGGAAAUCGCGCAGGUCGCGACCAUCUCGGCCAACGGCGACACCGCUAUCGGUCAACUCAUCGCUGACGCAAUGAAGAAGGUGGGCAGAGACGGCGUGAUCACUGUCAAGGACGGCAAAACUCUUACCGACGAGCUAGAGAUCAUUGAAGGUAUGAAAUUCGACAGAGGUUAUAUUUCACCAUAUUUCAUCAACUCCUCCAAAGGUGCCAAAGUUGAAUUCCAAGAUGCCCUGGUAUUAUUCUCUGAGAAGAAAAUCAGCAAUGUGCAGACCAUUAUCCCCGCAUUGGAGUUGGCUAACCAACAGAGGAAGCCACUGAUCAUUGUCGCAGAGGAUGUAGAUGGUGAGGCACUCUCGACCCUGGUAGUUAACAGACUUAAAAUUGGUCUCCAAGUUGCAGCUGUCAAAGCUCCAGGUUUUGGUGACAACCGCAAAUCUACACUCAGUGACAUGGCCAUCGCUACUGGUGGAGUUGUCUUUGGGGAUGAUGCAAACCUCAUCAAGAUUGAGGAUGUCCAGCUGGCUGAUUUCGGACAGGUGGGUGAAGUGAUCAUCACAAAAGAUGACACACUCUUGUUGAAGGGCAAAGGAAAGAAAUCUGAUAUUGACAGGAGAGCUGAACAAAUCCGUGAUCAAAUUCAAGAGACUAACUCUGAAUAUGAGAAGGAGAAGUUGCAGGAGCGUCUCGCCAGGCUUGCGUCUGGUGUUGCUGUGCUCCAUGUUGGAGGGUCCAGUGAGGUUGAAGUCAAUGAAAAGAAAGACAGAGUCAAUGAUGCUCUCAAUGCUACUCGCGCCGCAGUUGAGGAAGGUAUUGUCCCUGGUGGUGGCUCUGCUCUCCUCAGAUGUAUCCCAGUCUUGGAAGCUCUCAAGACUGCCAACAGUGACCAAGCAACUGGUGUAGAUAUUGUUAAGAAAGCCCUCAAAAUGCCCUGUAUGACCAUUGCACGUAAUGCAGGCAUUGAUGGAUCCGUAGUAGUUGCUAAAGUAGAGGACCUGGGACCUGAAUUUGGUUAUGAUGCUUUAAAUAAUGAGUAUGUUAACAUGAUUGAGAAGGGUAUCAUUGACCCAACAAAGGUCGUAAGAACAGCACUAACAGAUGCCAGUGGUGUUGCCUCUCUCUUAACGACCGCUGAAGCUGUGAUCUGUGAAAUUCCACAAGAGAAGGAGCCCAACCCCAUGGCAGGCAUGGGCGGUAUGGGCGGCAUGGGAGGCAUGGGUGGCAUGGGCGGCAUGAUGUAAAGCACCUAAAAGGACUUAACCAAAUGCAUUUAUGGUGAAAAAACUUUAUUGUAGUUAACCGUUAUGGGUAUUUGCAAUUCCUGUGUAGUCUGAUUCAAUUUACAAAUGUGAUGUAUGAGUGAAUAUUAAUUUGGAUGGAGUCUGUUUGUGUUUAUUUAGAAAGACAAUUUUCUGUCUUGUUAGAAAUAUUUAGUUUUGUUUGCUUCGUUAGUGCGAGCAAGUGUUAUUUUUAAAUAAAAUAUAAUGUUUUUAUUUUC